UCCGCCCACAGGACCACAAGUAGCAGAGGGUGGGAAAAGAUAUAAAGCUCCCCUGGAGCUGCUCUUCUUUACUGUUCUCGCUGUACGGAUCUGCUCUCAGCAUGAAGACACUGCUGUUUGGGCUCCUGCUUGGCCUGGCGUACAUGGAGUUGGCCCAGGCCUUACUAUGUUACACGUGCGAGAAACCAACGGACAUUGCUAAGUGCAAAACAGUCACCAUCUGCCCCCCGAAAUCCAUUGUAUGCACAACAACGUUGCACUCUGUAGACUCAGGUUACCCCUUUUUUGGCAACAUCACCGUGACCAGAAACUGUGAGGAGGAAUGUGUCUCCUACAAUGGGAUAGGGGCGAACAAACCCAAGUCAUGCUGUUACACUGACCUCUGCACUGACGACAACAGGAGCAGCAAUGGAGUGGGACGCAGCUCUGCAGCACUGGGGCUGAUAGCCAUGGUUCUUGGUACAGUCUUCCAGUGCACUCUGUAAUGCCACAAGUACCCAUGCUCCAGUCAAAACACUCUCUCUCUGCCAAGUUGAACUCUUAGAUGCCUUGGGAAUAACCUUCCUGUGGCUUCACCCAUAGGAAUAACCUUUGCUGAUGUGUGGCUUCAUUCAUCUUCAGUACUGUGAAUUCAAGUGGGUUCAAGCCAAGAGCUUGAGGACCUGGACCUAAACCCCUCAGAUCUUCAGUUUCCAGCUGCUGAGCAGAAUUUCCUCAUCUUUAGCUGCUUCUGUUCCUCAGGACCCACAUCUCCCUCUACAUAAUUCCUAAGUACGGAGUGUUAGUGGAUGAAGAGAUGCAGCUCUGCAUAGCAGGAUGGACUGGGCAAUGCCAUUAAGACUGGUGUAUUGGCAUCAUCCUCACCAGGAGCAGGGGCUAUAUGCAACUGGAAGUGGACAUAGCUUUUUUCCUAGGUCUCCUCAAGCUUCCACACUACCUGUGCCUAUGUACCUCUAUUAAAUCCCUGUGCACAGUCCUCAAAACCCCCUGAAAUCUUCCACCAGGAGCUUGGCUUAUUUUCUUCCCAUUUUUGGUGCCACCUCCUGAGUCAGAGCAGCAGAUGGAUAUUAGUCCCUACUUUACUACCUGCUAAGCAGAGUGUGGCUUCCAAUUGCAAAGAGCUGGCUCUCAAUUCUGUCUAGAAUAAGCUAUGGAAUGAGUUCAGAAGGGCUCAGCCUCCAUGUAUUGAGAUGGGUGUAUUUCUAGAAAGCCAAACCCCUCAGCAUUCCUUCGCCUGAGCUCAGGUUGCAAUCAGAGCUCCUGGAUUCCUCAUCCCAAAUGUUUUACAGAUCAUUUCAAGCAACUUCUUCUGUUACUCUGCUCCCUUCGCCAUCCCUCCACAAGCAGGGACAGUAGGAAAGGAAAGGCAAUGGUUGUCCCAGACCCUCAACUCUGGAAAAAGCAAACAGCUUUAUUCCCAGUGGUUAACAGAGUGAUUGGGUCCCAGUCUGGAUUUGCUUUGUUCUCCCUUGGAGCCAUUGUAAGAUUGAUUUUGAUGCCGUCUCUGCUGUAAAACCAGGUAGAGUGGAAGCAGAUACAAAGGAGCCCAACUUGUAGCCCUCUCCAGUGGGGAAGAGCCAGGGAAUUUGCCAUUUGAUCUGUUCC